AUGUCGAUAGUGGAGCUACUGCAGGAAAUAGACAAGUUAGCAAAGGUUAUCAUCCAAAAGAACCUAGAGCUAGAGAAUUUGAAAAAAGGAUAUGAUGAGAGAUUGCGAGUUAUAAAUGAUUUCAUUGCCAAAGUACAUCCUGGUCAAGUUAAUGAGAGAAUCUCAUCUGAGACGUUUACUCAACAGAUAAGCAAAAGUAUCACUUGCCCCAAUUGUAAUCACGUAGUAUACAACAACAGUCAAGAGGAGUUUGUGCUAUUACCAAAUAAACAAAUAGAAUAUUUAUCAUCGGAAGGUGGUGUGGUUAAACCGCAAGUAACGACACCACAACCUAUGAAGUUAUCUACGCAGAAUUCAAAAAGGAAAUCGCACAUAACAUGCUCAUAUUGCAAGAAACAAGGUCAUACAAGAGCAAACUGCAAGAAGCGACUUGGUUGGACAGAUUGA